AUGAUGCCAAAUGUUAGUUUUGAUGCUUACAAUGACGAGCAAGUUCGAUUAAUGGAAGAAAUGUGUAUUUUGGUUGAUGAGAAAGAUAAAAAAAUUGGAGCUGAUACUAAGAAAAAUUGUCAUAUGAUGGAAAACAUUAACAAAGGGCUUCUUCAUCGUGCAUUUUCUGUUUUUCUUUUUAAUUCGGAGAACAAAUUAUUAUUACAACAACGUUCCGAUGAUAAGAUUACGUUUCCAAGUUUAUGGACAAAUACCUGUUGUUCUCAUCCUUUAAAUACCCCUCUUGAAUUGGAUGAAGAUGGUCAAAUUGGUGUCCGUCGUGCGGCUCAAAGAAAAUUGCAACAUGAAUUGGGUAUUAAACCCCAACAGGUUCCCAUUGAUAACUUUGUAUUUUUAACUAGAAUCCAUUAUUUAGCUCCAUCUGAUGGUAUUUGGGGUGAACAUGAAAUUGAUUAUGUUCUUAUCAUCCGAGCUGACGUUGAUCUUGAGUUAAAUCCAAAUGAAGUUAAAGCUAUCGAAUAUUUGUCUUUAGAAGAUUUGACCCUAAAGUUUAAAAACCCAAGUGAUUGGAAAUUUACUCCCUGGUUUAAACUUAUAUCAGAAAAAUUUCUUUUUACUUGGUGGCAAGACUUGGAUAAUAUCAAGGCUAAAAAAGAUGAAAAAAUACACAAAUUAGG